AUGGGCAUGAGUGGUCAGUUCUUGCCACAGCUUCAGACUCGGACCUUCAAAGUGACCAUUCACUGGGGCUCGGAAAAGCACAGCGCCCGGAGGACGACCCGGCCUGCACGUCUCCGCACCCCCUCCCCCAACCUCGUCACAUGGCGGCCCCAAAGAGGCGCGCAGUGCGUCCUGCCUGCCGUGGAGACCCAGGGACGAGGCGCCGUGGGCGGGUUUUGUAUAGCUCUGUGUGUAACUCUCAUUUCAGCGGAGAUCCAGCACUGCCUGGUCAGCGCUGGCGAUGUGGGCUGUGGCGUGUUCGAGUGUUUCGAGAACAACUCAUGUGAAAUCCGCGGCCUGCAUGGGAUCUGCAUGACUUUUCUGCACAAUGCUGGAAAAUUUGACGCCCAGGGCAAGUCCUUCAUCAAAGACGCCCUGCGCUGUAAGGCGCACGCCCUGCGGCACAGGUUCGGCUGCAUCAGCCGGAAGUGCCCGGCCAUCAGGGAGAUGGUGCUGCAGCUGCAGCGGGAAUGCUACCUCAAGCAUGACCUGUGCGCGGCCGCCCGCGACAACACCCGCGUGAUGGUGGAGAUGAUCCACUUCAAGGACCUGCUGCUGCGCGAGCGGCUGGCUUCCAUUCCAAACCCACCGGCCCCUCGAGGCCAGCCCUCGCCUCCAAUUCUGGGAAAGCCUAGGCCCUACGUGGACCUGGUGAACCUGCUGCUGACCUGCGGGGAGGAGGUGAAGGCGGCCGUCACGCACAGCGUGCAGGCGCAGUGCGAGCAGAACUGGGGCAGCCUGUGCUCCAUCCACCCGUGGCCACGCCCACCAGAGCCGCCCACUUCACAUCGAGGUGCCAAGGGCGAGCGGGGCAGCAAGAGCGCCCCGAACGCCCACGGCCGGGCCCGAGCGGCCGCCCACGGGGCCCAGGGAACUUCUGGGAGCAGCGAGUGGGAGGACGAGCAGGCCGAGUAUUCUGACAUCCGGAGGUGAAACCGGAGGCCUGGCCGGGAGACCGUUCCUCCACGCCGUCCAUUUUCUUCUCUGUGGACAUUCCAGAACAUUUGCCAUUACAGAGGGGGAUGCCCCGCGCAGGAUCUGGAGGGGACUGCGGGCUGGAUGCAGGUGUGUGUUGGCGGCAUGAACAGGUGCGGUGGAGACUCCCCAGGCGGCGGCGAGGUCCGGCGGAGCCCACACUUGCGCCUUGAGAAGCGAGCACGCCACGUGCGCUCCCCGUGGCUUUGUCUUCUCUCCAUCCGUGGAGCACUGGACGCGACCUGCGGCUUCCUCUGCCGGGGGUGGCGGUGGGCACCCUCCCACACUCCCCGGGGCUGGACCAGGCACUUGGGAGCAGCGGAUCCAGUGCAGGAAUGGACCUGAAGAUCUCGCAGGGGCUGAGCAGGGUGGAGAGGAGGCAGGGGCCGUGUGGGUGCCGGUGCCAAGUGGAAGUGGAGUUUCUUGCAUGGGACCUGGGGGUCUGGAGCUGCUUUCCGGGGGGAAGGCGGGAGGGCAAGGGUUCUCAGUGUACCGUCUGAGCCAUUGUUCUGACUGGGGCAACCCUGCCCGAGGGCGUUGCCCCUGUGUGUGUGUAUUUUAACCACUGCUUCGAGUCUCGAUGUCACUUUUUAUUUAUCUAGUUACAUCUACAUAUCUGUCAUCUAAAUAAAUGGCUUUCACACCAA